AUGCAAUGCUAUACGCGCGAAAGUUUCAUGGAGGAGUACACCCUCCCCGUCAAACCGGCGCAAGAUUUUGAACGUGCUGGCAUCCCCGCUCAAUAUGCCUCUGGUCACCCAAAGAACUGGUCGCAAACGCGCGAUGUUAUCGACUUCAGCGCCGAUCUGCCACAACCAUCCGAGACUACAUACCGAAGUUACGAUACUGCUGUGAGCUCUGACAAGAAGUUGCUGGCCAUCAGCAGUAGCGCGGGGCGUAUCUUGGUAUACAACAUUCAGACCCGACAGCUGUGCGAGGUCCUCGAAGGCGGUGGGUCGGUGGCGUUUCGGCCUUCAGUUGCCAAUGGGGAAAGCCAUUCAGAGAUCGAGCAAACCUCCGGUGUAGGGACUUCGAGACCUGGCUACACCCUGGUGAGCUCCGUCGCCGAUGAGACUCAGCGUAGCGAACGUACAACCGGCCAGCUUAUCCUUUGGGACCUGGACCAGAACGGACGCACACUGGACAAAGAAGAGCCGAUCGAUCCCUCCAUUUGGGCUACGAAAGCUAUCGACGCAAUCGCCCCCGAACUUGCAGCAAACCACGAAUGGACCAGGGAGUUCAUCGAUGCGUCCUCGCUCCAUACAGAGUUCUUGAAAGCGCUCAGUCAUGUAGCCGCCGACCAUAGCAGGCGCCACAAUACCAUCAUUGACAACGCGGAACUGGGCAACUUUGGGUCUAAAUACUUCAGCAAGGACGGCAGACUGAUGCUGUACCAUUCGAAUGCCCGAACAACCCAACACGGCAUGCGCGCAGCAGAAGAUUUGCCGCUUGUCGUUAUCUAUGACGUGGAAGCAGGUAAAGAGAUGCACCGCCUUACUGGACACACGGAUGCCAUCAUGUGGUCGGCUAUGAGCCCGAACAUGGAGUGUGUUGCUACGGUGUCUUGGGAUGGCUCGCUACGCAUGUAUUCCGUCUCGACUGGGGCUCUUAUUUGGGCUACAGACAAAUCAGGUGGGCAGAGUUGGGCCGGCGCAUUCUCGCCAGACUCAAAGCUCAUCGUCUGGAGCACUAACAGUGGCUCAGUGGUGCAGGCUCACGAUGUCUCAGACGGUCGAAAGGUAGCAGUCAUGCCAGAGACAUUUUCUCGCUGGUGCCGAUACUUUGACUGGCAUCCAACGCGGUCAGAGAUUGCGCUUUGCGCUGGUAAAGAAGCAUACGUCUGGAACCCCUUGGAUGGCCCCAAUGGCAAGGUACUUCAGCAUUUCAAGAUCGAGGGCGAAGAACGACUGAGUAUGGCUGAGAUCGACGCUGUUCUAUGGAUGAACGAAGGUCGAUUACUGGGUAUCGAGUCGAGCGAAGGGUCGAACCUGAUCUACGACACGGAAAGCAAUGCGAAAGAGCUGUUCUAUCGACCUGCUGGCACGGUGGCUGGCUAUGUCACGGGCAGUCUAUGCGGCAUGUUUCGAGAUAAGGAAGAACAGGAUGUAUACCUCAGUGUCGACGGCGAUGGAACCGCGCGGUUCUGGCGAACAAGUGUCCCAGCUCUCCCAUCGUGGUGGGACAAAGACCCGAUCCCAGUUGUUACAAAGAAAGCAUUCCCUGAGACGGGAAAGUAUGUCAAAAUCACGAAGGCAUCGGGCAAAGCAGCUUUACCGCACGAAGCCGCUAAAGAGAGUUAG